CUUGUAUGUAUUUAUAUAUAAGCAGUAAGCCUAUACUAUACGGCUCUUUAUUCAUUGAUCCAGGAUUGGCUUCAAGCUAGCUACAUAGUAAUUAAAGAUGACGAUAAAACGCCAGACAUGCAAUAUUUUUGUUUGUCUUAUGGUCGUGGUUAUUGACAUCACUGCCGGAAUACUCGGUAUUGAAGCUGAGGUAGCUCAGAGUAAGGUAAGCCUGUUAAAGGUGUGGAUAUUUGAAUGUAGAUAUCCUAGCUAUGAAGCUUUUAAGCUCGGCUUGGCUGCAACCGCACUUCUGGUUCUGGCACACGCCAUCUCAAACUUGCUGGGCGGCUGCGGCUUUUGCAUCCGUUCAAAGGAAGAGCUCCACAAAUCUUCUUCUAACAAGCAGCUUGCUUUUGCUUCCCUUAUCAUUCAAUGGAUUGUGCUGGCUAUAUCAUUCUCAAUAUUGAUAAUGGGAGUAUUAGGAAACUCGAGGUCAAGAAAAACUUGUGGGAUUUCACGUGAACAUUACUUUUCAGUGGGAGGGAUAUUGUGCUUUAUUCAUGCACUCUUCUCCCUUUCCUAUUACAUCGCUGCUACUGCAGCCGCGGUGGCGCCGCCACAAGAGGUGGAAAAGAAUAUUAAGCUCACUCAACAAGUUGGCCACGCCUAGCCGCAGCGAAAUUGGAGAUCAAGAAAAACUGAAAACUCACAACAAUUCUGACUAGAUAAGGUUUUCCAAGUUCUAAUACAUACAUCUUGUGAUUUGUAUGUUUUUAUUCAUCUUGUGAUUUAAUAUGACAAGAAAUAUUUGUCAUCUACCAUCUCCAAUUUCUUCUUAAAUCUGCAUCCCGAAAUUUAAUUGGUCUUCAUCAUCGAAAUUUGUUGAAUGGCUUAUCUAAACAAAUCCAUCAUCCACAAGGAAUUCGUUGUCAUCGUCAAUAAUUUGGGAAAGCAAAUUUGACAUAUACGUAGUAUAUGUGUGUAUGUGUGCAUUUGCAUGUUUUCUCCUAUCUUUGUACAAACUACUUCUACUCCCUUUGUUUCGUAUCUUUCUUCUAUUUUACCUUUUUUGUUCGUCUCACCAAGUUUGUCAUCAUGUCAUGUAUUUCGUACUGCAUUUGAUAGUAUUUGGAUGACUACAAUUUAAUCACCAUCAAACAAUUUAACUUGUCUUAAUAAUGGCAAAA